AAUCGAAUGAGGACAAUUCGCUUGAUAACAUACAUAUGUAGUCUGCAUAGUUUGUUAUCGAAUUAGCUUUGGUAUCGAGUGCACCAAGUGUACGUCCGUUGAUUUACGAAAUUUUAUUACGAUUAAAAAAUUUAUCAACAAGGUGAUACAAAUAAGAAAGAGAAAGAGAGAGAAAAAGAACGAGAGAGAGAGAGAGAGAGAGGACAAAAAAUGAUUUGUGAUAUUACGUAGUAAGACAGUUCAUCAUUUUUCGUUCAAAGUGUAUGUGACUUCAACGACAAGUAGAAACAAAAUAUGAAUUAGAAAUGCAAAUGUGAAAUAUUAUUAUGACAAUGUAUCUAUGUUAUCAAUCUAUAAGCUUGUGAAGUUAUAAUAUUCUAGUAUGCAAAAUAAUGAUCAAGUUAGUGUAAAUUAGAAUAGAUAGUGUUAGUGGAUUAUGAACUCACAUUUUUUUCUUCUUUAACGAUGGAGGACUUGUCGCAAUAAUCCAUAUACAAAUAGAACGUAACGCUGACUAUUCAAAGAAAAAAUAUGGCAACGAUAACAUCGGAAAUGACGGUAAUACGACCGAUAUAUCGUCAAGACGAACUGCAUCGAACGUGCAAGUAUGCGAAACCAAAGAGAAAUCUUACCGAAGAGGUAUCCAAGAGAUGGAGGAAAGCUGACCCAUGGAAAAUAUUUAAAAAAUCUGUACCCUUGAUUUCAUGGCUACCAGAGUAUAAUUGGAGGGAUAAUAUUCUUGGUGAUCUCGUAGCAGGUAUUACUGUUGCCGUGAUGCACAUACCUCAAGGAAUGGCAUAUGCAAUUUUGGGCAAUGUACCAUCCAUAAUUGGUAUUUACAUGGCGUUUUUUCCAGUUUUAGUAUAUUUUUUAUUCGGUACAUCCAGACACAACUCGAUGGGUACAUUCGCGGUCGUAUGCAUGAUGACAGGCAAAGUAGUAAUGACCUAUAGCUCACCGGAAAAUUUUUCGAAUAGCACACAGAUCUAUGGAGAGAACAUAACAACGGCAUCGGGUAUGACGAAUGAUCAUUACACAUCGAUACAAGUGGCUACCGUUGUGACAUUCGUCGUUGGUCUAACGCAGUUAGGAAUGUACAUAUUACGAUUGGGUAUUAUAUCUUCGUUCUUGGCCGAUAGCCUAAUAAGUGGUUUCACCACAGCUGCUGGAUUGCAUGUCUUCACGUCACAAGUGAAGGAUCUUCUUGGUUUAACAUUAAUACCGCGAAGAGGUAUAUUUAAAUUAAUUCUCACCUACUUCGACAUCUUCAAUAAUCUCGAUAAAGUCAAUCUGGCUGCUUUGAGUUUAUCAGCCAUAACGAUCGUUAUUUUGAUAUUUAAUAAUGAGUUUUUAAAACCAAGAUUCGCAAAAAUAAGUCCAUUUCCAAUACCUAUAGAAAUGUUGGCAGUAAUAAGCGGUACUUUGAUAUCAAUGUAUAUGAACUUGACAGAGGUAUACAAUAUCAAGAUAGUCGGUGAUAUACCAGUCGGAUUGCCAGAACCAUCAAUGCCUCCACUUUCUCUGAUACCAAACGUUCUACUCGACAGCUUCGUAAUCACUUUAGUUUCCUAUACUAUAUCUAUGUCAAUGGCUUUGAUCUUUGCGCAAAAGGCUGGUUACGAAGUAGAUGCCAAUCAAGAAUUGGUUGCCCAGGGUCUUGGCAAUCUUUUCGGAUCGUUUUUCUCUUGCAUGCCAUUCACCGCCUCAUUAUCGAGAUCAUUGAUCCAAGAAAGCGUUGGCGGACAUACUCAAUUAGCAAGCUUGAUAUCUUGUGGGAUUUUAGUCAGUGUAUUACUAUGGAUUGGACCGUUCUUCGAACCCCUCCCACGGUGUAUCCUAGCCAGCAUAAUAGUCGUGGCUCUUCAAGGUAUGCUGAUGAAAAUUAAAGAGUUCCUAAAGUUUUGGAAUUUGGAUAAAAUAGAUGCCAUUAUAUGGGCUAUCACAUUUCUUACUGUUAUUUUGUUGGACGUCGAAUAUGGUCUACUCGUAGGUUUGCUUGUAUGCCUCGCAAAAUUAAUAGUUAUUGCUACUAAACCCUAUGCAUGUUUACUUGCAUUGGCACCCGGUACCGAACUCUAUUUGGACACCAAAAGAUACAAAGGAACCAUCGAGAUAGCAGGUAUUAAGAUAUUUCAUUAUUCGGGAAGUCUGAACUUUGCAUCUAGGCAACAUUUUUGUGAGAAAGUUUACAAACUCACUAAAGUGACACCAAGAAAAGUAUUAAUGAUGAAAGAUUCUAAAAAGAUUGUCGAAGAUGAGAGAACAGAAGAGAUAAAAUAUUCAAAUUCUGACUUCAACGAACCAUCUUCGUGUUCCUCCCAACAACUUUAUAUUGGUAGAAAUUCUUCGAAUCGUUAUUAUGGCAGUACACCGGCUAAGGAAGCUAUACGAACUCUAAUAUUGGAUUUUUCGGCAGUGACAUAUAUCGAUCCUGCCGGUGUAAAAACGUUAAAAAAUUUAAUUAACGAAUAUAAUGAUAUUGACGUAUCCGUUUUUAUUACUGGAUCUUGCGGUUCCGUUUAUGAAACAAUGAAUAAGUGUAAUUUAUUAGAAUCCAACGAUCAUACUUUUGGAUUAUUUCCUACAAUCGCCGAUGCUGUACAUUUCGCACAACAAAACAAUAUUAUGACGAUAUCAACGUGGACUACCGAUGCUUUAGGAUAAAAAUAAUUAUAUAAUAGGCAACAAAUAAAUCGAAAACGCCUGAAAACACGCUAUUUUAUAAUACAUCUACUCGCGUGUGUUUGAAAUACUAAUGACUAAGCGGAGUAGUUAUAGAAUUUCCUUGCAGAUGGCACUGUUCUAGCAGUAUAGCUUUAUCACUUCACAAUUUGCUACGAGGGGUUAUAUGUUGCCACGUCUAUAAUAUUUAUUUAUUUAAAAUAAUGAGUUCUUGGGUACAAUAUCUUAAGUCUAUACCUACGUAUAUGGACUAUGAUGGCCAGGCUAGAGCAGAGAAAUUAUCAAGAGUCAUCAUAACUCUCUUUGGGGGGCAGGUUUUGUAAUGGCUGCAUUAAUCACAGUACCACCAUGGCCUAUGUAUCGUCGUAAACCAUUAGAUUGGCAAAAACCACAAAAUGAAAUAGCCACAAAGUUAAAAAAGAAAAAAUAAUUGUGUAUUUAAUUUAUAUUGACAAGAUGAUCUAAGUUUUCGUUCGACCAAGUGCGAAGGCAGGAGAGACUGACAUUCCUACGUAUAAUAUAGUGUUUUAUAACUAAAUGUAGGAAGAAAAAAAAACCUGCAGCAUUUAAUAACCUAUGUACUUCAAAGUAAAUUCUUUUGACAUUUAUCCAAAACAGUGUAACAAUCACUUUUAAAGAGAAACACGAUAUGAUUGAAAAAUUAUAUCAAAUAAAAAAUGAUAUCUAGAUAAGAGUAAAAAAAAAGUA